AUGACCGUCGGCGUGGAAGCACUGCUAAAAAAGUGCACCACCCUUUCUCACAUCAAGCAACUUCAAUCACACCUCAUAACCACCGGCGUUUUCCAUUUCCACCCUUUCCCUCGUUCAAAAUUCCUCGAUUUCUGUGCCGCCACCGCCCUCCCUUACGCCCUCCACAUUUUCCAUCACAUUCCGUCUCCAAUCACCAACGACUGGAACGCCGUUAUUCGCGGCCACGCCCAAAGCCAUCAACCCCUUCACGCCGUUACUUUCUACCGUCACGGAUUACGCCUCCUCACGUGCAAGCCCGACGCCCUCACGUGCUCUUUCACCCUUAAAGCCUGUGCACGCGCGUUGGCUUCUGAUGAAGGGACCCAACUGCAUUCCCAAGUUAUUCGUUUCGGGUUUGUUGCAGAUGUUUUGCUGCAAACUACGUUGUUGGAUGUUUAUGCCAAAUCCGGGUUUUUGGACAACGCGUGUAAACUGUUUGAUGAAAUGUCUGUGAGAGAUGUCACUUGUUGGAAUGCGAUUAUUGCGGGGUUGGCUCAAGGGAACCGACCCCAGGAAGCGUUGGAGCUUUUUAAAAGAAUGAGAGGUGUUGGGUUUGAGCCUAACGAGGUUACGGUUCUUGGUGCCCUCUCUGCUUGUGCCCAGUUGGGGACAGUACAAGAGGGCGAAAAUGUGUAUGAGUACAUAAAAAGCCGAAAACUUGACAUGAAUGAGCAAGUUUGUAACGUUGUAAUUGAUAUGUUUGGGAAAUGUGGGUAUGUUGGGAUGGCGUAUCGGGUUUUCAAUGACAUGAGGUGUAAAAAGACUCUUGUUACUUGGAACACUAUGAUUAUGGUGUUGGGGAUGAAUGGUGAAGGUGUGGAAGCACUUCAAGUUUUCGAUAGUAUGAGUCAAGAAGGAUUCUCGCCUGAUAACGUGAGUUACCUCGCGGCUCUGUGUGCUUGUAAUCAUGCGGGUAUGGUAGAUGAUGGGGUUAAGUUGUUUGAAACAAUGCUUAAAGAUGGUUCAGUGAUUCCUAAUAUUAAGCACUAUGGUACUAUGGUUGAUCUAUUAGGGAGAUCGGGCCGGUUAAAGGAAGCCUAUGAUAUCAUUAAUUCAAUACCUAUAACACCUGAUGUUGUUCUUUGGCAGACGCUUUUAGGUGCUUGUAAGACUUACAGGAAUGUGGAAAUGGCGGAAAAGGCUUCAAGAAAGCUGGUGGAGAUGGGUUCCAGAAGUGAUGGUGACUUUGUGUUACUAUCAAACGUAUACGCUUCUCAACGUAGGUGGAAAGAUGUGGGGCAAGUGAGGAAAACAAUGAGGGAUAAUGAAGUUAAAAAGGUUCCGGGGUUUAGUUACAUUGAUGUCAACGGUUCAAUACACAAAUUUGUGAAUGGAGAUCAAAGCCAUUCGAAUAUGGAUGAGAUAUAUAAAAAGCUUGAGGAGAUGAUGUGUAGGAUUAUGGAACACGGGUAUGUUGCUGAGACGGAUUAUGUGUUGCAUGAUAUAGGAUUGGAGGAGAAAGAAAACGCUUUGAGUUAUCAUAGUGAAAAGCUGGCUGUGGCUUUCGGGUUGAUUAGCAGCACGAGUGAUGAGGAUUUGAUAAGGGUAAACAAGAAUCUGCGAAUAUGUGGGGAUUGUCAUGAGGUGAUGAAGCUUGUUUCAAAGGUUUACGAGCGAGAGAUCAUUGUGAGGGAUCGGGCUCGGUUUCAUAGAUUUAAAGAUGGGUCGUGUUCUUGUAAAGAUUAUUGGUGAAUAUUAGUAAUUCUUUAGUCGGCCGGCCUGGUAGCAAAUUUUGACCAAAUGUUGUUAAUAGUAUACUGUAGUUUAAUUUUGUUUAUAUAUUGUCCAAAGUAUGAAAGCUGAAUUGACAA